UGAACCGCCCCUUUCUCUGUUCUUACGGGUCAUUGGCGUUGCUUCAGAUUUCGCUUUCUUUCCAUCCCAUAUCGACCGACAACUUUGUUUGUUGUCUUAUCUUUUUUUUUUUUUUUUUUUUUUUAUGUCUGUUGAAAUCUUCGGCAGCUAUUAAGUUGUGUCUACCAACAAAGUUUUUGACAUAAAAGACCGGCCGAUCUUUCGGAUCGCACCGCAUUUUUGCCCACCAUGGAUAUUGUUCUGGAAAUAACAGACACCUUCCUAUGGGACUACAUGUAUGCCUUUGUCGCACCGGCCACCGCACCACCCUACGACUAUCCAAACUUGUCAAAUGGCACGGCCGUCGCGCACAAUGGCUGGGAAUACAAGCCGACGACCGCCCUCUUCUCCCUCGAGCCUUCGCAAGCUGCGUACCAGAGCGCCCUGCCGAGAGAUAACAUAUACCGACAAGGCAUCUCUCUGUUUUUGAUUUACUGGAUAUUUGGCGUCUUAGUCUACUACAUCUUCGCGACGGCCUCAUAUCUCUUCAUUUUCGACAAGAAGCAAAUGGAGCACCCGAAGUUCCUGAAGAACCAGAUCAAGCUCGAAAUGAUCCAGGCCAACAAGGCGUUUCCCAUCAUGGCCCUCUACACCGUCCCCAUGAUCCUCCUCGAGAUACGCGGAUACAGCAAGCUUUAUGACUCUGCCGACGAGGCCCCGGCCUGGUGGUACAACUACAUCCAGUUCCCGCUUUUCCUGGUAUUUACCGACUUCUGCAUCUACUGGAUCCACCGCUGGCUGCACGCCCCCAUAUUCUACAAGCGCCUGCACAAGCCUCACCACAAGUGGAUCAUGCCCACGCCGUUUGCGUCGCACGCCUUCCACCCGCUCGACGGCUACGCCCAGUCGUUCCCUUACCACCUCUUUCCCUUCAUCUUCCCGCUGCAGAAGGUCGCCUACAUCGGUCUUUUUGUCUUUAUCAACAUCUGGACCAUCCUGAUCCACGACGGCGAGUACGUCGCAAACAACCCCAUCAUCAACGGCGCCGCCUGCCACGCCGUCCACCACUUUGCCUUCAACUACAACUACGGCCAGUACACCACCCUGUGGGACCGCCUGGGCGGCAGCUACCGCGAGCCCGACGCGGAUCUGUUCGACCUCAAAGCCAAGAUGUCAAAGGAGCAGUGGAACAAGCAGGCCAAGGAGAUGGAGAACUUGGUCCAGCAGAUCGAGGGUGAGGACGACCGCGUCUACGGCGAGAUCAGUGACAAGAAGACGAGGUAAACGACCAGUCCCCCACGGGACACAACCUGCGGUAAACUAUGGAUCGCACUCUUCCUUGAGACCUCUUGGUCUCUGAGGGGAUUGCACUUUGUUCCUGUUUUCGCACCUUAUUUGCUUUUGAUGUACAUAGAAAGGUUCGCUGGCCAAUUUGCCGAGCUUUGUUUUCUUUCUCUUAUUUUUCUUCCCUUUGGCUGUUUCUUCCGGGCGUAGAACAUUGCGAGAGCGAGCAUUUACAUCCUAGGUGUUGAUAAAUGAUCAGCUGCUGCCUGGGACUCAUCAGCGUUAGACUGUCUGGCUUUUCCCCCCUCUUCUCUUGUGGCUCGGAAGCAUUUUGGGUAGAAUAUCUUUAAUAUUUUAAUGACCAAAAACCUUAAGACG